AAACCCUAAUGGGAAACAGGUGGCGACAGAAAAGGUUGCAGAAAAGCUGAGUUCUACUCUCUCAUGGGUGAAGAACACAGUAUCACAUACAGUCAGUCAAAUGGCCAGUCAGGUGGCAAGUCCAUCUACUUCGUUACACACUACAUCCUCAUCUACCACACUAUCAACACCAGCCCUUUCACCAUCUUCCCCAUCACAGUUGAGUCCAGACGACUUAGAACUCCUGGCUAAACUGGAGGAACAAAAUAGAUUGUUAGAGACGGAUAGUAAGUCUUUAAGAUCUGUGAAUGGGUCAAGAAGAAACAGUGGCUCCUCCCUUGUAUCAAGUUCAUCGGCCUCUAGCAACCUCAGCCACCUUGAAGAAGAUUCUUGGAUUCUUUGGGGAAGAAUUGUUAAUGAAUGGGAAGAUGUGCGCAAAAAGAAGGAGAAGCAAGUUAAGGAACUUGUUCGUAAAGGGAUACCCCACCACUUCAGAGCAAUAGUUUGGCAACUUUUAUGCAGUGCACAGAGUAUGCCAAUUAAGGAUCAGUAUUCAGAACUCCUGAAAAUGACUUCACCUUGUGAAAAAUUGAUCCGAAGGGACAUUGCUAGAACUUAUCCUGAACAUAAUUUUUUUAAGGAAAAAGAUAGCCUUGGGCAGGAGGUUUUAUUUAAUGUAAUGAAGGCAUAUUCUUUAGUGGAUCGUGAGGUUGGUUACUGUCAAGGAAGUGCUUUUAUAGUUGGAUUGUUGCUUAUGCAGAUGCCAGAAGAAGAAGCUUUCUGUGUAUUUGUUAAAUUAAUGCAAGAUUAUAGACUUCGUGAACUUUUUAAACCAAGUAUGGCAGAGUUGGGCCUUUGUAUGUACCAGUUUGAAUGCAUGAUACAGGAACAUCUUCCAGAACUCUUUGCACAUUUUCAGUCUCAGAGUUUUCAUACCUCAAUGUAUGCAUCAUCCUGGUUUCUGACUAUCUUUCUUACAACUUUUCCACUACCAAUUGCGACAAGGAUAUUUGAUAUCUUUAUGUCUGAGGGUUUAGAAAUAGUGUUUCGAGUAGGAUUAGCGCUUCUUCAAAUGAAUCAGGCAGAACUGAUGCAACUCGACAUGGAAGGGAUGUUACAGCACUUUCAGAAGGUCAUUCCACAUCAGUUUGACGGUGGUCCAGACAAAUUAAUACAGGCAGCUUACCAAGUGAAAUAUAAUUCAAAAAAAAUGAAAAAGCUUGAAAAGGAAUACACUACAAUAAAAACUAAGGAAAUGGAAGAGCAAGUUGAAAUUAAAAGGUUACGCACAGAAAAUAGACUUUUAAAACAGCGCAUUGAAACAUUAGAAAAAGAAAGUGCUUCCUUGGCAGAUAGAUUGAUACAGGGACAAGUGACAAGAGCCCAGGAGGCUGAGGAAAACUACCUCAUAAAACGGGAGUUGGCCACCAUCAAACAGCAGAGUGAUGAGGCCAGUGCUAAACUGGAGCGAGCUGAAAAUACCAUCAGGAAGCUCCAGCACCAGCAACAAUGGCAUAAAUGUGGUUCCAACUACAAUGAAGAUUUUGUGCUGCAGCUAGAGAAGGAAUUGGUCCAAGCCCGUCUGAGUGAAGCUGAGUCUCAGUGUGCACUGAAAGAGAUGCAGGAUAAAGUCCUGGACAUAGAGAAGAGAAACAACUCCUUUCCUGAUGAGAAUAACAUUGCAAGGCUUCAGGAAGAACUCAUUGCUGUGAAACUGAGAGAAGCAGAAGCUAUUAUGGGUUUGAAAGAACUUAGACAACAAGUCAAGGAUUUAGAGGAACACUGGCAGCGCCACUUAGCUCGUACUACUGGGAGAUGGAAAGACCCACCUAAGAAAAAUGCUGUGAAUGAGUUACAAGAUGAACUGAUGAGCAUUCGACUUAGAGAAGCUGAAACACAGGCAGAAAUAAGAGAAAUAAAACAAAGGAUGAUGGAAAUGGAGACGCAGAACCAGAUCAAUAGUAACCAUCUUCGAAGAGCAGAGCAAGAGGUGAUCAGUCUACAGGAGAAAGUGCAGUAUCUUUCUGCACAGAACAAAGGACUACUUACUCAAUUAAGUGAAGCAAAGCGCAAACAAGCAGAGAUUGAGUGCAAGAAUAAGGAGGAGGUGAUGGCUGUGAGGCUGCGGGAAGCGGACGGCAUAGCUGCUGUGGCUGAGCUACAGCAGCACAUUGCUGAGCUCGAAAUCCAGAAAGAAGAAGGAAAGCUUCAAGGACAACUUAACAAGUCUGAUUCUAACCAGUAUAUUAGGGAACUGAAAGAUCAGAUAGCAGAGCUGAAUCAUGAGGAAAUGCUUACUGUACACAUGAGAGACUCCAAGGCUGAAAGAUGCCGUGGCAGUUGAGAUGCACCUGGGAGCUCCUAACUGUUCCCUGCCUCUGCUUCAGGGGGCGGGACAGGCAGCCAUUGCACACAGCCCGCCACAGCAGACCAGACUAGAGCGGCUAGUCAAGUCCCCGUGCCUCGAACCUCGUCUCCUCCCCCACCAAGUGUUCUUCCUCUCCAGGCAGAGGCUUUCCUGGUCUGUGGUAUCACCUCUGCCCUUCCCACCCCAGGACUAGGACUAGGCCCCUCCUUGGUAUUUGCUAUACUUCUUCCUUCAAGGCACAAUUGUGUGUGGACCUGCCUGAACCCGACCAGGCUGACUCUUCCCCGUGGGUAGAAGAGAUGAUGUCUAUUCCCCACUGCCCUGCAUUGUCACUUCCGUUUUGUAUGUCUCAAGGUCCAGCUUCUUCCCUUGUUCCCUUCACUGGAUUGGGCCAGCCACCCUCCAUUUACAAAGAGAGAGUUUGUAACCUUUGGUGCAUGAAUAAAUGUUCGUCUCUGCACCUUCCUUUCUAUCAGAUCAGCUUCUGGUCAGGCUUAGGCUGUUCAGCCUAGAGAAGUCCCUGAGCCUCGUGCCUCUCCGCCACCUCCUCAGCCUGGCUGGGCUACUGCCAAAACUGCAGAAGCAAACUGCCAGGAGAGGAGGUGGAAAACCAAACAGUGGCAAGUCGUGAUGUUAAGCGUAAUUUUAUAAAUAUGAAGAAAAAUGUCAUGCCUUUCCCUGCCAGUUAACUCUUAGUCAAUUCAAAGGCUAAGGCCAGGUCCAGCUCUGCCCUUUUCUGGCAAACUGCUUUCCAGUUGUGCUCUUUGGAGGGAUGUUCCUGGCAGGCAGCUUCCACGGGCCAGUGCUGGGAUUUGAGUAAUCACAGGCCCAAGUAGGGUGUGUGGGAAGGUGUGUUGUUUGGUCUGGCUCACAGCCCUUGACACUGUAGCUAUUUUAAGCAGAUCCCACAGCCUUUCAUUCGCUUCACUAAUUUCUCUAAAAUAGAAUUGUUUAUUUAUGGGUUAAAAUUGGAGAAGCUGCUUGUUCAUCACCAAACUGCUCUUUGGUGAGACUCGAGACAAUGCAUGAACGAGGGCCCAAAAGGGCUCAGCACACACUGAGUGCUCAAUCAGUGUUAGCUAAAAGAGGCAUUAUGCAUUGCAUCUCUGAGUCGCCAGAACCAGUACAGGCCACUCCAAAGAUAGUUAUUGACUUGAUUGUUCCUUCCCUUGCCUCAACUUCUCAUCUGCACUCCAGUUCCACAUUUCCACUGUCUAUAUGUAUUCCCACAUAAACGUAUUGUUUGAGGUGAUGGCCGGACAGUCUAUUUCCUAAUUUCUGCCAGUGGUGAUAAUUACACUAUUUUUUGUUGUUGUUGUUGUUGUUGUUAGUAGUAGUAGUAGUAGUAUCACAUACCCUAAAAUCUCAGUGGCUUGCAACAUCAUUUCUCACCCAUGCUACAGGUCCAUCAAAAGUUGGCUGCUGCUCUGCCCUACACUGUUUUUACUCUAGGCACCAGGCUGAGGAAGCCACAUCUAUUUUGAACAUUGCUGAUUGUUAUCACAGAGGGAAAAGUGAUAUGGUGAUGACAUGCUGGCUUCCAAAACUUCUGCCAGGAAGUGAUAUACAUCACUUCCAGUUACAUUUUAUUGGCUGAGAUAAGUCACAUGACUAAGACUCCCCCAAGGAGAGGCAGUGAAUAGUUGGAAACAUAGUACUUACUUUGUGCCAACAACUAUUCUAGUACAUUUUUUAAAUAACAGCUUUAUUAUGAUAUAAUUCACAUACCAUAAAAUUCAGCCUUUAAAGUAUACAAUUAUAUAAUUUUUUUGGAUAUGCAGAGUUGUGCAACCAUCACCACUAGUGAUAAUGGUUCACAUCAAUUUCAAUAUAUUCACAUCAAUUUCAGAAUAUUUUCAUCACCCCAUCAAAAAAAACCCAUACCCAUUAGCAGUCACUCUCUAUUCUCUCCUCCCUCAGCUACUAAUCUACUUUUUUUGUCUAUGGAUUUGUCUAUUCAGGACAUUUCAUAUAAAUGGAAUUAUACAAUAUGCGACCUUUUGUGUGUGUUUCACUUAGCAUAAUGUUUUUGAGGCUCAUUCAUGUUGUAGCAUGCAUUAAUACUUCAUUCCUUUUUUUUCUUCUUCUGAAUAAUAUUCCAUUGUAUGGGUAUCCCACAUUUUGUUCAUCCAUUCAUCAGUUGAUAAACAUUUGGGUUGUUACCAGUUCUUUGCUAUCAUGAAUGAUGCUGCUAUGAACAUUCAUGUUCACAUUUCUGUGUGGACAUAGGUUUUCAAUUCUCUUGGGUAUACACUUAAGAGUGGAAUUUCUGGGUCAUGUAGUAACUCUAUGUUUAACAUUUUGAGAAACUGUCAAACUGUUUUAAGUGUGUGCAGUAUUUUACAUUCCCACCACCCAUGUAUGAGGGUUUCACUUUCUCCAUAUCCUUGCCAACACUUGUUAUUCCACGCCACCUUUUUAAAAUUGCCUUCCUAGUGGGUAUGAAGUUAUAUCUCAUUGUGGUUUUGAUUUGCAUUUCUCUAAUGUCUAAUGAUGUUGAGCAUCUUUUCAUGUGCUUAUUGACCCUUUGUGUAUCUUCUUUGGAGAAAUGUCUAUUUAAAUCCUUUGUCCAUUUUUAUUUGGGUCAUUUGUUUUUUUAUUGUUGAAUUGUAAGAAUUCUUUAUAUAUUCUGCAUACAAGUCCCCUAUCAGAUAUAUGAUUUGCAAAUAUUUUCUCCUAUUUCAUGAGCUAUCUUUUCACUUCCUUAAGGUGUCAUUUGCAGCACAAAAGUGUUUGAUUUUGAUGAAGCCAUUUUGUCUGUUAUUUCUUUGGUUGCUUAUGCAUUUGGUGUCAUAUGUAAGAAAGCAUUACCUAGUUCAAGGUCACUAUGUUUUCUUCUAGGAGUUUCAUAGUUUUAGCUCUUACAUUUAGGUUGAUGAUCCAUUUUGUAUAUGGUGUGAGGUAGGAGUGAAGUACUUUUUUUAAUAUAAAUCUUUUAUUUUGGAAUAAUUUCAGAUUUACAGAAAAGUUGCAAAGAUAGUACAGAGAGUUCCCAUAUACCCUUCACCCAGCUUCCUCUAAUGUCUAACAUAACUAUAGUACAUUUGUCAAAAUAAGAAAUUAUUAAUGGUAUGAUAGUUUUAACUAAAUUACAAACUUUAUUCAGAUCUCACCAGUCUUUCUACUAAUGUCCUUUUUUUUUCUGUUCCAGGAUCUAAUCCGGGAUACCACAUUACAUUUAGCUAAGUACUUUUUGUAUAUUAAGUCACUUAAUCCUCACAACAAUAUAAAUACCUUCAUUUUACAGAUGAGAAAAUUAGGGCAUAAGGAGCUUAAGUAAUUUGCCCAAGGUUAUAUAGCUAGUAAGUGAUGGAAUUUUUCUCAUCUUCAUCAUCAGUCCCAAAUUCUAGGUAAUUACACUACAUCCUCCAGUUACAUCCCGAGAAAGAUGCAUGGGAGUUAAAUGUUGUGAGAUGUUGCUAGUCUGAAAAUGAUUUUAUUCUAUGUGAUUGAUAGGGCAGAGACUGCCUGGUGUCCCCCAAUAUCUUUGGGUUCUGAAAUUUCACAAUGGUGUCCCUUGAUAUGGGAACUUUUUGCAUUUAUUGUGUUGGGCCCUCACUGGAUCCUUUCAACAGGGAGACUUAACGUCCUUCAGAUUGGAAAUAUUUUCUUACUUCUGUAAUAAUUUCCUUUCUCAUUCUAUUAGUGACAUGCUGGGGCUCCUGGAUUGCUCCUCUAAUUUUCCUGUCUUUUCUCUCCUGUUUUCCUUGUUUAGUUAGUUAGCUAGUUGUUUAUUUUUCAAAAUUGGGAAUACAUGUAUACCCAAUUGUUAUGUGACCUGAUUUUUUAAACUUACCUUUUUCUACGUAUUUUGAUGGCUGUACAUCAUAUGAACAUUCUUUAAUUUAAUUAACCAAUGCCCUAUUGUUAUGCAUGCAUUUCCUAUUAUUGCCAUGAACCUGCUUGAAGUAAGUUGUAACACGUCUUUAUUUCCUUAUAUUACUAAAAGCAGAAUUCCUAGAUCAGAAGUUAUGUAUAUCUUAAGUACUUUUUUCUGAUACAUAUUGCCGAUUUACCCUCCACAAAUUAACAUUCCCAUUAGUAAUAUGAAAGAAUGUUCAUUUUCCUUAUAGAAUAUACUUUUGGAAACAGAUAAGCUUAUUUAAAUUGAAAACAUAUAUUUAUUAUAAAUGGAAACUUGGUGGUAUUGAAUACAUUUGGGGGAAAUUUCCCUCUCUAAUCUGAGAGAUAGCCAGCCCUGGUGGUCUAGUGGUUAAAAUUUGGUGCUCUCACCACCACGACAGAGUUUGUUUCCCAGUCGGGGAACCACACACCACCCAUCUGUUGGUCGUCAGACUGUGGCAGCUGCAUGUUGCUGUGCUGCUGAAAGCUAUACCACCGAUAUUUCAAAUACCAGCAGGGUCGCUCAUGGUGGACAGAUUUCAGCGGAGCUUCCAGACUAGACAGACUGGGAAGAAUGACCUGGCCACCCACUUCCAAAAAAAUUGGCCAUGAAAACCCUAUGAAUAGCAGCAGAGCAUUGUCUGAUAUAGCACCAGAAGGUGAGAGGAUAGUGCAAAAAAAAAGGUUGGGCAGGGUUCUACUCUGCUGCACAUAGGGUUGCUAGGAGUCGGAAUAGCCUUGAUGGCACUAACAACAACAAAAUCUGAGAGAUAGCUUCAUAGAUUGUAGUUACAACAUAUAUUAUCACUAUUAUGCUUCUAACCAUCCUUAGAAUGAAUACUCUGGAUUACUUAUAGAGUUAAAUUUUCUCUGGCUUAACUAAGAGCAUCCCUGUCCUAGAGCCGUAAUACUUAGGAAUUAGAUUAGGGCUGUCAGAGCACUAAGAAGAGUGAGGUGGCUGAGAGCUUUCAAACAUCUGGUGAUUUAUCAUCAGCGGAAUUUAAAAUAAACUGCUUUGCAUGUAGAAAACUCAUAUCCAGUUUUCACUGAAAAUGAAGGUGUCACCUUGCUCGUACGUGAUUUGUCAAUGACUGCUGGGUAGCCAAGAAAACCUUAGUAGGAUUGAUGAUGAAAAACCAAAAACUGGAAUGGCUACCUAACCCUUAUAAAAUUAAAGAUCUUCUGUAACUUUUCUUUGCCUCAAAAGCUAUUGCCGAAAAAAGUCUUUAUUCUUUAUAGAGACAUCCUGAAAUACUUACAGAAGAAAUGAUAUGAUAUUUGGAAUUUACUUCA